AUGAGUGAAAUGAGAGGGAAAGUGUGCUUGAUUGUUAAUGUUGCUUCAAAUUGUGGUUUUACUCCUCAGUACAAGGGACUACAAGAAUUAUAUGACAAGUACGGGAAGGAUGGCAAAUUUGAAGUCAUUGCCUUCCCUUCCAACUCUUUCAAUCAGGAAAAGGGUUCCACAGAAGAAAUCUGUGCAUUCACCAAAGAUCGUUUCAAAGUAACCUUCAAAAUCAUGGAGAAGAUUGAAGUGAAUGGUGACAAUGCUCACCCAAUUUACCAAUUCUUAAAGCAAGAAGGACCUGGAGGAUUUCUCGGAUCAACCAAUAUCAAGUGGAACUUUACCAAAUUCCUCAUCAAUAAGGAAGGAAAAGUAAUUGGAAGAUAUGCUCCAACAACUGAUCCUCUUUCUAUUGCAAAAGAUAUUGAGAAAGCUUUAAAGGAUUAA